AUGAACCCGGAGGGCCGCGCUGUUCGCGUUCUACCGACGCUCGACUCCUCGGCAUCGCACAACUUUCUGAAGCCCGUUAAGAAAAUCCACGAGUCGCAGGAUGUUGCGCCUUUCUUGACCUCGAAGGGCUAUACGGAUAUCAUGACUUUCGCCCUGCAGCUCAAUAGGUCGAUGUUUCCGGAAAAACUUGCCGACGGGACUUCACAACCAUGGCCGUUGAAUACCGACGAAGUGCAAUUCUCUGCACCUGUCCGACAAUUGCAAGAGCUGCUCUCGAAACUCGAAGACCUUAUACAGGAAGUCCCACCGGACAGCGGCCCGCGCAGAUUCGGAAACAUCAGCUUCAGAAAAUGGCACGAGGUCCUGGAAGAGCGGGCGUCUUCUUUGCUCAAAGAAUGUCUACCCGCGGAGAUCUUGGAGAGACCUUCGUCGGAUGCGGAUGGCGUCACUGCGGAGGCCGAGCUCAAAGCCUAUUUCCUGGGAAGCUGGGGAAGUGGACAGAGACUAGAUUACGGCACGGGGCAUGAACUCAGCUUCUUAGCAUUUUUGGGGUCCAUUUGGAAGCUCAAUGGUUUUCCCAAGUCCAGCCCAGGAGUUGAAGAGAGAGCUAUUGUGCUCGGCGUGAUUGAACCAUAUCUGGAACUUGUGAGACUGCUCAUAAAAACAUAUACUCUCGAACCUGCCGGCUCUCACGGAGUAUGGGGCCUCGACGACCACGCCUUUCUCCCUUACAUAUUCGGAUCUGCUCAACUAUCCCCGGCUAUCAAUGAGACUGAUUUAACCCCCGAGGAGGAUUCGCUACCGGAUGCUCCCGACCCAGCUGGCGUGGUCAAACAAAACAUCGUGGAGCGAGAGAGAAAGACUAACAUGUACUUUUCUGCCAUUGGAUUUAUUUAUGAUGUGAAGAAAGGUCCAUUCUGGGAACACAGUCCCAUGCUUUACGACAUAUCAGGCAUUCGGGCUGGCUGGGGCAAAAUCAACAAGGGAAUGAUCAAGAUGUGGAACGCAGAGGUUCUAUCCAAGUACCCCGUGGUACAGCAUUUCCCAUUCGGUUCCCUUUUCAGCUGGGAUCGCGAUCCUUAUGCCGUCGCUUCUCCAGCUACUGUACAUGCGACCUCCGGUCCACAGGGACGGCCUGUUAUACCAGAUGCCGGGCCACCGACAUCCGCAACGGCCCGACCAAGUGCAGACAGCGGAACGAAAGCGCCAUGGGCAACAGCAGGGGCUGGAUCCCGGGUCCCUCCAAUGGGGCCGACAGCGGCACCCUGGGCAGCAACAAGGAGAGACGGUCCGCCGACAGCUGGCCCCAGCACAACAGCUCUUCCAGAUACUUCUCGACUACCUCCGGGCCCUAUGGCUCCCACUCGGGCCCCCUGGGCAAACCCACAGCCCCCAGCCCCGCAUGGUGGAGAUGGCCCUACAAAGGCCCCCCUGGGCUAA